AUGACAUCAAAUAUUGCAGAGUCCUUGAAUGCGGUAACCAAAGAUGCGAGAGAGCUUCCCUUAGUUCAACUAUUAGAGUACAUGAGGACUCUUCUUGAACGUUGGACUAAUAAAAAGUUAUUGAAUGCAAAUGGUACGUUCACAUACCUUGGAAAAAAAUACAACAAAGAGUUGGAGGACAACAGGACAUUAUCGCAGAAGAUGAGAGUGAGGGGUUCAACAGAUUACAUCCAUACUGUGAUAGAUGGUGUGAAGCUCUUCAUUGUUUGCCUUCAAAAUAAGAGAUAUAGUUUUGUACAAUUCCAGCUUGAUGAACUUCCUUAUCCACAUGUUUUGGCGGCUUUGAGGCACAGGAACGAGUCUUAUGAAAACCAUUGUCCUUCUUAUUACACGAUGGAGAUCCUUCUGUAUACUUAUGAAACACCAUUAGACCCUCUACCUGAUGAAAGCAAAUGGGAUAUGCCACAAUAUAUAGCAUAA